AUGAGGGGCCCCGCGAAUAGCAGCUUGAGGGGGGUGGCGACCGUGGCGGUGUGCUGGCUCAGGACGAGCGCACACAAGAGACAAGCUGCCGAUGCGCACGAGGUACUGCACGAGAGGCACAGGAUGUGCGGCUGUACGCGAACGAGAGAUCCUUCCAACUACACUUUCUCCGCAUCUUGUACAUGCUACCACGCGUCGCGGCAAACUGGACGAUCCAACACUACAACGGCGGAACGAGUAUGCCGCAGGGGAGGGGGAAGGUUGCAGCACCUGGGCAAGGCACCGCUUGGAAACUGGUGCGCGAGCAGCGGGGCUGGCAUGAGAUUAGGAUUGCUGGUUGGGCUUCUGGCGGCUUCAAUACGGCGGGUUGAGGCGUAUCCCGGGGAUAGCGAUCCGUGGUGGGUGUUCGUGACGAUGCCGUUCAUUUCUGGUGCCGUGGGAUACGUGACCAACAUCCUAGCCCUCAAGAUGACGUUCUAUCCCGUAGAGUUUUGGGGCAUCAAGAUAUGGCAGCCGGAGGAUCAGCCGCUUGGGUGCAUUGGGUGGCAGGGUAUCGUGCCUGCGAAGGCGGCCAAGAUGGCGCAAAAGAGCGUUACGCUCAUGACCGAGAAACUCAUCAACAUCAAGGAAGUAUUUUCCCGGCUGGAUCCCGAUGAGAUGUGCGAGGCGCUCGAGCCCGGACUUCUGGCGGUGGUGAGCAGGGUGGUGACGGAGAUGGCGGCGAAACACAUGCCUGGGACGUGGCACUUCUUGCCGGAGGCAUCUAGGGACGACAUCGUCCUCAAGGCUCUUGAGGACGUGCCCAUUUUCAUGCGCUCCUUCAUGGGCGAGGUGAAGACCAACAUCGACGUUGUUCUGGACGUCCACCACAUGGUAGUCACCAACCUCGUCAAGAACAAGGCCCUCAUGAACCGGAUGUUCAUCGAGGUCGGCGCGAAGGAGCUGGUGUUCAUCGAGAAGUCCGGCCUGCUUUUCGGGUUCCUCUUCGGCUGCUUGCAGACAUGCCUGUGGUACUUUUACCAGGAGAACUGGGUGCUUCCCGUCGGUGGUCUCGUGGUGGGCUGGUUGACAAACUACCUGGCACUGAAGAUGAUCUUCCGACCGGUCAACGAGCGGAUCGUGUGCGGCUUGAAACUGCAAGGGCUGUUCUUGAAACGGCAGACGGAGGUGUCAGCACAUUUCGCCGAGAUCACUUCGAACGAAAUCCUCACCUCGCAAGCCAUGUGGGAGGCAAUAUUGACCGGACCGAAGCGAGAUAGCUUCAACGACAUGUGCAAGAGGCAUACCCACAACUUCGUCGACGUCAUGGCCGGGAGCAUGAGGCCGCUGGUGCAGCACAUGAUCGGGGAGAACGAGUUCGUCGACCUUAAGGACGAGAUUGCGCAGCAGAUGAUAGAGAACCUUCCCAUGGCAAUACGGUUUGGGCACACGUACACGACGAAGGCGCUCGACAUGUCCAACACGAUCCGAGUGGCGAUGCAAGGGCUGAGUUCGGCGGAAUUCGAAGGCGUUCUCCAUCCGGUGUUUGAAGAAGACGAGUGGAAGCUCAUCUUGGUUGGGGCGGCGUUGGGUGCUGCAGUCGGAGUGUUCCAGCUGUUCGUCUUGUUCUAGGAAGGAGGCGCCGGGCCUCGCGCACCCACUACUCCGAGCAACACUGCUGUGUUCUACAUUAAUCUGCAGUGUGCUGAUUUUUUUUUAUCUUAGCAGUCCCAAACCCUGGCAUCCACAAUGCCCUCCGAGAUGGAAUCUUUGUGUUCAGGCGCGAUUCAGGUGGUGUUUGGCAAACAGCCCACACCCUUUCAUGCGUUGAUUUAUGUGAUUGCUCGUGAUACUAAGUAGAGAUUGUGUUGUUCUCAAGAGACUUCCGACUCCGGCGGUCUGGUGUGGGUGCGACAGUGGGUAGCCUCGCACCGGCGUCACGGAACUUGCAGUAACCCCCCAAAGCGCACGUUUUCCCCUCUAUUGCUGUCGUAAGCUGUCGUGUAUAAACCGAUGUGAUUUCAGAGCCAGGUUCGGCAAGAAUGUAGUGGGGGAAACGUCAACCCUGGAGACAGUGGCGUUCGAGUCCAGACACACUGUAAUCGGCGCUGUUACGAUUUUAGCCUUUCGGGAUUUUGCCCAGUACGUUGCGCAACCAGUUGGAAGGUAUACGCAAGAGGAGAGUACUUGAUAGGGACAAUGUGAGUUACGACCGUCGAUUCACC